AACCACUUGCACUGGGUUUCUGCAAUUCUGCUUCGACGCAGAACAGAAGACACGUUUGCCUCUGCUCUCCUUUUCGAUUGCUCAUAGACCCUUCUCCUCCGCCGCUCAGUGCAUCCAGGCGCAGGCAGACGCAGCCAUGAACGCGAUUCGAUCGGCUCUCGCGAGGGCGCUCUCCGCCCCGAAGCCCCGGCCACCGCGGACCCGCCACUGCGCCGCCGUCGGCGACACGCAGCCCGAGAGGGUGGCGGCGGAGAUGGUCCGCUACUCCCUCGGAGGCGCCAGGCAUCAGAGCUCCCCAGAGGAGGCGAUGCGGAUACUGGAGCAGGGGGCCUCGAACCUGCAGGGCGGCGCCGAGGGCAGCGCCGAGGCCGUGGGGACGCUCAUGCUUGCCAUGUCCACGCUGCUCUACCGGAGUGGAAGACGCCAGGAGGCAAUGGAAAAGCUCAAAGCAACCCAGCAAGUCGCUCCUUCUGCAGCUUUCAGAGUCGCAGCAUGGGAAGCACUAAUGGGGCUACGCAUGGAAGCAGGCCAGGAUAUUUCCUCUUUGAUGUCCCCAAAUGAUUCGGUUGAUCUGUCAAUAAAAGAUGAAGAUAUCAGAUGGUCUAAUCAGGAUCAUCUGAAAUUUCGGGUUGAUGCUAUCAGAGGACUUGCUGCUCUUUUGAAUGGAGAUAUAGAAUCAGCCCAGACGUUCUUUGGUGGGUCCAAGGACUACUGUGCUGGAGUAGGGCAUAACCAAACAGAAAACGCUGUCUUUUCGUAUGGUGAAUAUCUGCACUGUGCUGGGGAUUUUCCUUUGGCAACAAAAAUGUAUGAAAAGGUUCUUGAGGCAGCUAGCACAGAAGAUAUUUCUGGAAAUUUGUUAGCAGCUGGAAACAUGGUUCCUGAGGAGGUUUCUCUGGGUGCCACUUGCUCAUACGGCCAGCUUUUAUCUCAUUCUGGGAAGUUUGGUGAGGCAGAGGACUAUCUCACAAGGGCACUACAGAAGGCUGAAGAACAGUUUGGUUCAAAUCACCCGAAAGUUGGCAUUGUAUUGACCUGUGUAGCUAGAAUGUACAAACUGAAAGCAAAAUCAGAAGGUUCUAGUUCAAUAAUGGUUCAGGAGGGGCUGUACAGGAAGGCCCUAGAAGUGCUGAAAGCGCCUGCCAUCAAUUCGGAGGACACUAGAAGGCAGAUGGAUUGGAGAGAUAUCAUCUCCCUUGCUAGAGGUGAGUAUGCAGAACUGUUGCUUAUUCAGUCAAAUAGAAAGGUCGAAGGUGAGCGAAUGAAGGAGUGGGCAGAAGAUGCUUGGAAGAAUCGUAGAUUAACAUUAGUUCAAGCGUUGGAGUUUUCAGAACUUUCAAAACCUGCAGUGGUCGAUACCCGAAUCGGCAGGGUCAUAUAGGACUGGAAAUAAUCUGAGGAAAGGUACUAUGCAAUAAUCUCCAUGUAACAUUAUAGUCUGGCUCUCCAUCGAUUACCUAUGAUUUGCAUGUGUCUGAUCCUUUAUGGAAAUUGGCCUUGCAUAUCAAAUAUACAUCGAUGCUCCAUCGUAUGUUUAACAAUGUAACAAUGCAUAGAGUCGGACAGGCUAGGAUUUUCUCAACUCUUUAACUCUCCUGUUGUUAAAGCUGUGUUAGAUAUGUUGCUAUGUUUUUUAUGAUCUUAAAUGCUUUGAUGUGGAUAUACACUGGAAACUCCUGUUUAA